UUCAAUGGUCACUUUUUUUAGUUUACAAAACUGUUCAAUACCGUUAAUUAAUGUAUAACAUGUACAGUACUUUUUUACUUUUAAAUUUUCAAGCAAUUUUCUUCGAAGCAAUAAAAAAUAUAUUUGUUUUAUUGUCAUUUUUUAGGCGAUUGGUUUACUCAAUUUGGCAAUAUUUUAUCAUUAAUUACGAUUGACAUUUUAGCUAAUAAAUAUUCAUGAGGUAUCAAUUAUUUCAAUAAUCAGUGAUGAAUGUGUUAACUAAGCUUUGAAUAAUUGCUGUUUUAUGAUUUUAUGUUGUUAGCUGUGUCAGAUAAUGAUAUUGAUUGUUUCUUUGAUCUGCUAUUGAUGUACCAAUUAUUUAAUUACAAACAUGGCCAUGCUAACCUGCUAAUUAUAAUUAAAGAAUUAACUACAAUUUAUUAAAGUUACAUCUUUGAAUUCUGUGUAACAUCAAACGAGCAACAUCAAAUAAAUGGUUUUCACAAGUAAGCAAACUGAAAAUUUCUUUAUAUUUUCCUGUGUAUAAAAUGGCUUUAGAAUUCUGUAUCAUCAUUCACUUUCCAACUUUUCAAUCGUGUUCUCAUGUGUGUUUGUUAUCAUGGAAUUAAUUAAGAAUAACAGUGGUGGACUGAAAUUGUGUUUAAAUGGAUAUAUGUAUACGAAGAAGAACACCAAGAAGACAUCCAUACGCUGGGAAUGUUCUCAGAAACGUGGACUUGACUGUCUCGGAGCUGUCAAUACUGACAUAGAGGUACAAACAGUUCUAUCCUCAAAAGACCACAACCAUGAGGCUGACUUUGACAAGAUUGAGGCGACCAAAGCUGUCAAUGUGAUGAAAAACGGGGCUAACAUCAGCCGAGGACGCCCUCAACAACUUGUAGUUGACGUGCUACAACCACUACCUGUGGAAGUCCGGGCAGCAGCUGGGACAACAAAUGCAGUGAAACAGAGAAUCAGAAGACAAAUGAACAAGCUCCGCCCCAAAGACCCUGCAUCACUCCAAGAACUGGACCUUUCAGAAGACUGGAAACACACUGGCGAGCCCUACCGACAUCCCUUCCUUCUACAUGAUAGCGGAAGGGAUUCUGAGAACCGCAUCCUCGUGUUUGGAACUGGCCAAGCCCUGAGACACCUGAUCCAGCAGCAAGAUGGCCAGCCAAUCAGAUUGCGACGCAUCCAGCCUCUCUAUCCACCAACACUAUGGAAUGUACACCAAGCAACGCUCACCAACUCUGACCGCACCAACAAUCUAUGUGAAAGUUGGAAUCAACAGUUCCAGAAGCUCCUUGGGUACAAUCAUCCGACUGUCUGGGUUGCGAUUGAGGCCUUCAGGAAGGACCAUUCAGUGGUGGAGACUGCACUCUUCAACAACGCCAACGGUGUGCCACCCAAGAAAAGGGUAAAAAAGUCUACCACCGAACUUCAAGAGCGCCUCCAAAACCUAUGCACUGACUAUGUGGACAGGAUUAAGGGGAUGGAGGAAUUCCUUCGAGCAGUCGGACGAACCAUUCGAUGGAAGGUGUAA